GUGUGAGCACCCCCAGGGCCGCGCAGCGUAGCAAUUGGUGCUGAUCAGGGGACAUCUACACUGAUUAUCAGGGCACUGGUGAUCAGUGCCCUGAUGAUCAGUAUCAGUGUAGCCCCAUCAAUGCCACCUGUCAGUGCCCAGCAAUGCCACUUAUCAGUGCCUACCAGUGCACAUCAAUGCCACAUAUCAGUGCCCAUCUGAGCUGCCUUUCAGUGCCAACUAUCAGUGCCAGUCAGUGCUGCCUAUCAGUGCCACCUAUCAAUGCCAGUCAGUGCCGCCUAUCAGUGCCAGUCAGUGCCGCCUAUCAUGGCCGCCUAUCAGUG